AUGAAUGUGCUAUUCAACCAAGCCCUGAAACAGUCCACCUCUGUCAGAAAAGACCUAGAAACUUUCGCACAGGCACCGGCCACCGCGUCUCCCGCUCUACAGGGACAGAUAUCCACGACCCUUACCAGUCUUUCACGAACCCUAGAGGACUACCAAAAUCUCUCGCGAAAUGAGCUGAACGAAGAGAAGAAAGAGAAGGCAUUAGAGAGACUCAAGAACUUUCGCGCAGAUCUGGCGUCCUAUCGCACACAAUUCGAUCAACUGAAAAGGGAACGUGAGGCAACCGUUGCUGUAAACAAUAGGAAUGAACUACUCGGUCGACGGCCGCACCAUGCUGCAACCCCUGAGAACCCAUAUGCCCAUGUCUCAAGUCAGAGCGCAUUUGCUCCUGCCCACCGCAACACACAAGACGGAUUGUCCUUCGGCGCGGGUUCCAGUGAGUAUACUCGGGAGGAACACGCACUGCGAGAACAGAGCUUCUUUGAUACUGCCAACGCCCAGCUCGAUGAAUUUUUGGAUCGAGGCCGAGCUGUUCUGGGCGAUCUGGGACAUCAACGUGACAUUCUCAAAGGUACACAGCGGAAGCUCUAUAGUGUUGCCAAUACUCUCGGAGUGAGCGGUGACACUAUCCGGAUGGUUGAGCGAAGAGCCAUGCAAGACAAAUGGAUCUUUUGGGGAGGUGUUGUGGUGUUUUUCUCCUUCUGCUUCCUGGUCAUCUACUUCUUGAGAUAA